AUAAGCUAUCCACUCGUCAUUCGGACGUUUAGAAUGAAAAUGGCAAAGUUCGUUUUCUGUCUUCUAUUUCUAACCACUGCUGUUUCUAGUUAGUACUUUUCUUUGAUAUCUUGUACAGUUUUAUUCUCUUUACUUCUUUUGUUUUUUUUCUUUUUUAGCUUUUUUUUUACUUCUCAUUGAUUUUUUCUUUCUUCUUCCACAUGGAAAAAAAUAGUUGUAGUGUGAAAAACAUUAUAACUAGUUUCCUUUACUUGUUACCUUCUAAUGUAUAUAAUUUUGAUAAUUCUAUACUUUUCUGGUUUUUAAAACUAACAACUCCUAUUUUGUUUAUAAUAAAACCUAUUAACCGACUAAUUGAAUAUGUAUUGUUGCUUAAAAAGGUAAAGGAAAUAAGGAUAAUUUUGAAAAAAUUAUCCAACUGCUCAUUUCGGAAAAUGGAAAUAGUGAUUUAAAUGAAUUAAUAGGAAGUGAAGAGUCUGGUUCUGGUUCUACUUCUAUACCUUCUACACCUUCUACUGUCCCUACUCCCAUUCCUACUAUUAAUCCAAAUCAAUUUUGUCGAGACAAUUUUAUUUCUUUAAAAUUUCAGAAUCUUACCUAUAAUGAAGUAAAUAUUUAGUUGCCUAUUGAAUACUAAUCAACCUUUCUUUUACUACCCUUUUCAACUAGUUUACAAGUGACGCAAGUUCGGCAUCUAAUUCCCGACGGUUGAAAUUAUCGAUGUCAUUGGCUUUAAGUCAAAGAUGUGACAAUAUAUCCCAAUGCAGAGAGACAAAUAGAACAGUCUUCAAUGAAAACGAUAUAGCUUUAAAUAAUUCUGAACAAAUAAGUGGUGUCGAAACUAGCUUAACCGUUGACAUAUGUAUCCUGCAAAUUCCUCUUUCAAGAUUUGGUGAAAAAUUAUCACUUUUCAAGAGAGCAAGUCUACAAAUAGUUGUCGAAAAUACAAAAGUUAGAGAAAUAAUUGAAGAAAACUUUGGUAAAAAAUAUAUUGUCAUAAAAGAAGAGACAACUAGCAGUAGCGGAUUGAAGGGUUGGCAAAUCGCUUUGAUCGUGAUAGGAAGUGUUCUAGGUGUGGGAUUAAUAGCUGGUUUUAUAAUUAUAAUGAUAAAAAAGAAAAAUAGAGAUCAAAAGGCGUUCACUGUACAAAGAAACAAGCUUAUAAUAGUACCCGCUCAGAGAACAACAAGCGUUCAGGACAUUGUAACAUCUCCACAAGAAGCUGAAGAGAAUCGAUAUGAAAACGUAAUGAAGGAUUGA